AUGGCGGCACCUCAAAGGACACUCCCAGGUGCAUCCACACCUCCAGAGACCUUUUCAGGGACGUUAGUGCCCCCAGAGACCUUCCUAGGGGUCCCAGGGGACCCUAUGGAGCGACGGCUCCCCAGGGACCCUGACUGGAGCAGUGGAGCCUGUAGGGACCUUCCCAGGGGCAGGACAGUCCCCAGGGACCAUCCCAGAAACCGUUCCUGGAGCAGUGGUGCACUGGAAACUCUCCCAGGUUCGGUGGCGCCCCCAGGGACCCUCCCAAGGGCGGUGGUGCACCUAGAGUCACUCCCAUUGGAAGAGGAGUGCCAAGGGACCAUUGCAGGGGCAGCAGAGCCUCCAGGGACCAUCCCGGAGAUGGCGGCACCUCAAAGGACACUCCCAGGUGCAUCCACACCUCCAGAGACCUUUUCAGGGACGUUAGUGCCCCCAGAGACCUUCCUAGGGGUCCCAGGGGACCCUAUGGCAUGCUUGUCCUACAGGCCUGGCGCUCCCAGGGACUAUCUCAGGGGUGGUGGACAUAUCAGGAACCCUCCCACGUGCCGCGACGCCCCCAGGGUGUCCCCCAGUGUUGACGGUGCCCCCAGGGGCCCUCGCAACAUCAGUGGCAUACUCAGGUGCAUUCUUAGGAGCAACGGUACCCCAGGGACCCUGACUGGAGCAGCGGAGCCUGCAGGGACCUACCCAGGGGCAGCGCAGCCUCCAGCGACCAUCCCAGAAACCGUUCCAGGGGCAGUGGUGCACUGGAAACCCUCCCAGGGUGCAUUCUUAGGAGCGACGGCUACCCCAGGGACCCUGACUGGAGCAGCGGAGCCUGCAGGGACCUACCCAGGGGCAGGCAGCCCCAGGACCAUCCCAGAAACCGUUCCAGGGGCAGUGGUGCACUGGAAACCUCCCAGGUUCGGUGGCGCCCCCAGGGACCCUCCCAAGGGCGGUGGUGCACCUAGAGUCACUCCCAUUGGAAGAGGAGUGCCAAGGGACCAUUGCAGGGGCAGCAGAGCCUCCAGGGACCAUCCCGGAGAUGGCGGCACCUCAAAGGACACUCCCAGGUGCAUCCACACCUCCAGAGACCUUUUCAGGGACGUUAGUGCCCCCAGAGACCUUCCUAGGGGUCCCAGGGGACCCUAUGGUGCCGCGACGCCCCCACGGUGCCACCCAGUGGUGACGGUGCCCCCAAGGGCACCUCGCAACAUCAGUGGCAUCCUCAGGUGCAUUCUUAGGAGCGACGGCUCCCCAGGGACCCUGACUGGAGCAGUGGAGCCUGUAGGGACCUUCCCAGGGGCAGGACAGUCCCCAGGGACCAUCCCAGAAACCGUUCCUGGAGCAGUGGUGCACUGGAAACUCUCCCAGGUUCGGUGGCGCCCCCAGGGACCCUCCCAAGGGCGGUGGUGCACCUAG